UUCUUUCUCUGUUACUGAUCGGCGCUCACCUGUCUUGAUGACGUCACCCGGCAGCCACCAAAGUAGGAAGUGACUGUUCGCGCAGAAAUAUGUGACACGAAUGACGGAGCUGCCAGCCAGUGUGGACAACAAGCUCGCGUUUGCACGUUGAAAAGUUCACCUCACUCAGUCCCUUCUAGUGAACAUCCUGAACCCGUCUAUCUGUAAAACUGCUAUCUGAACAGUCGUCGAAUGUGCUGAAGAAGACCACAGUGCCCAAGCUGACAGCGGCAGGACACCAUGUCUCACACAGACCGCUGUGCGGGCGACCAGACCCGUAUAAUUCAGGGGAGCGAGUUUUCCACGGUGCUCCACAUAUCCGAGCCCGGCGAAGAUUGCUGCCAGUCACAAAGCUCGCCCGCUUUCCAGCCCGAAGCAACCCCAAUACAAGAUGACAAAACGGACAGGCUCGUGGUGCCGCAGCGCUUGAUUUUGAGCACACAAAGUGCAGCGGCGCUGAAGCUCGGCACCGAGCAGCUCAUCCCCAAGAACCUCGCCACGGCGAGUAGAACCAAGAAUCGCCACCACACCACUGUGGUGACCUUCCCCGUGGGAUUGGAGAAGUCCAGCAAUGGAGCACGCACUCGUCACUCAACGCAGGGUUCCAACGUGACCUGGGAGGACUAUGACAGCGAUGGAGACGGUUUUUCGUUGAGGAGGAACCGCAGGAACAAGUCGUACAGAGCGGCUGUUACCAGCCUGGACAUUGAGGCCAUGGCAAGAGGGAAAAUGGCUGCAAACACACUAAAACCUCUUAAAGAGGGAAGAGCGUCCAGUCCAGGUCCGACUCGCAGUCCUGGAAGGAAGCGAACCCUGGGGAGAAGGAGGAACCGUACCCACCGAGGAUCAUUUAAAGACGCAACGCCGCGCCUCUACCAGGAGAUCCGAGAGCGAGGUUUGCACUCCACUAACCAGGAUGAACUUCUGGAUGACUUUGUGGUGGUGGAACCUCCCGUGGAGGACCAGAACAUCGUGGUGAAGAGCUACCGGCCGGCGCAACUCACCUGGAGCCAGCUGCCGCAGGUGAAGGACAACGAUAUACUGAGCAUGAUCUCCCCUCAAGAGAGAAAGCGGCAAGAGGCAAUCUUUGAAAUAAUCACAUCAGAGCAUUCAUACCUGCACAGUCUGGGCAUCCUGGUGCGACAUUUUAAGGAGAGUGACGCCCUGAAGAGAACCAUGACGACCACAGAGCACCAUCACCUCUUCUCCAACAUCUCUGUUAUCCACCAAGUCAGCAAACGCUUUUUUGAGGACCUGGAGCGACGUCACUCCGACAACCCGGUGAUCCGGGACAUUAGCGACAUUGUUCAGAACCACGCCGCCCACCACUUUGAGCCCUACAUCGUCUACUGCUCCAACGAGACCUUCCAGCAGAGGACGCUGCAGAAGCUCCUGACCAGCAACGGUGCGUUCAAGGACACCCUGAAACAAAUCGAAGGGAGCAGCGAAUGCGGAGGCCUGCCUAUGAUCUCUUUUCUCAUCCUCCCCAUGCAGCGGGUUACCAGACUGCCUCUGCUGCUAGAUACUAUUUGCCAGAAGACUCCCGACAAGGCAGCAGAGUACUUUGCCGCCGUCUGGGCGCUGCACGCCAUCAGCAAGUUGGUGAGCAGCUGUAACGACGGCGCUCGGAGGAUGGAGAGGACGGAACAGAUGUACACCAUCCAGAAACAAAUGGAGUUUGGUAAAAUCAAGCCGUUCCCGCUGGUGUCGUCGUCACGCUGGCUGAAGAAACGCGGCGAGCUGGCCGUCGGCGCUGAAGAGCUGAGCAUCUGGAAAGCGUUCAGCAACAAGACCAACUACCUGUUCCUGUUUAACGACGUCCUCAUCGUCACCAAGAAGAAAAGCGAGGAGAGCUUCGUGGUGAUGGACUACGCCACUCUGGAGAACGUGGAGGUGAAGGUGGGCGAGCAAACAGACGGUCAGACAUCACCGCCUGGCAAGAACAGUGCCAACCAGCAUUUGUCCUUCAAGCUGCUCAUGAGCAAGAACAGCGAAGGCACCACCCUGGUGGCCGAGUCCAGGUUGGACCGAGCCCGCUGGAUAGUCGCUCUGACAGAACACAAGCAGACGCAACUUUUCUCUUGUAAAGAUGGUCUCCUCCCGCAGUACGAGGCCACAAAAGCCUACAUGCCCAAGGAGCCAGACGAAGUUGGACUGCAGCAGGCGGAGCUUGUUAUUGUCCAAAGAGUGGAGGAAGGCUGGUGCUACGGGGAGAGGAUGAGAGACGGCGAGAGAGGCUGGUUUCCUGCCAGCUGCGCCACAGAGAUCACAGACCCCGCCGCCAUCGAGGACAACAUGCAGAGGAUGAAGCGUCUCCGCAAAGAGACCAACGUAUGAGAGUCGGACAUUGCGAUGACACUUAAGACAAUUCAGACCAGGAUGGAAUCAUAUUAAAAGACAUGGCAUUCUGCAUCCAGAAGAACUUUUGGGAGGUAAGAUGUCCUAAAAUGAACUUCUUCCACACCAAACUCAUCCAAGCACGGACUUUACCUUGUACACUGGAACAGGACCCACGAAGGUGACAAUGAUGUAAAGUUGAAUAUGCGAGGACAUGCCAACUGAUUAAAAAUAUUGCAUUCAUGAGGAUCAAGUGUGCAACAGGAUUGUUCAUCAGUGUACCACUUGGACAGCAUUAACAUGUAGUUGCUGCCUCCUAUGGUAAAGAAAACAUGUAUUUAAAAAUCAAUGUAGUGUACUUAAGGAUAAAUUUCAGUGCAUCUUCUACACUUGAAUCUUAUGGCUUGAAGAUGGUGUAGGAUGAAGAUAAGUGAGGCAUGUCUAAUAGAACAGAUGUCAACUAUGUGUACUCUUGCAACUACUAACGUUUUACUCGGAAAUAAAUCACUCUAGUGUG